AAGAGCACUGAAAAUGAGGGGAAUGAAACAAGUAUAUAUAGGGACUAGGAAGGGCGGAAAGAUUACGAAACAUAAAGAAAAUGUACAAAGGAAAAGGUUUGUGGAUCAAAGGAAAAGGUUUGUGGAGCAAAGGUGAAGGGCAAAGUUAAAUAAGAUGGAUGGGAAAAUAUUUGAAAGUUGGAUUGAGGGAAACAUUUGAAUAUAUUAAUAAAUGGGGCAAAAUAGAUUAA